AUGGAGAAAUCUCAAAUUGAAAACCAGAAAAUUCUUGAAAAUUUCCCACCAGUCUUUAAAGGCGUUUCUCAAUCCAUACUUGUUUAUAAAAAUAUUCUUAUAAAAGUACACGCAGAAGAUCCUGAAAAUGGCACUGUUACCAUAGACCUGAACACAACAUUAAAUAAUAAUACCUAUCAAUUUGAACAGGACCAAUUUAAUUGGACACUGGAUACUAUACCACGCCCAACUUAUGUUAAAUUUUUUGCAUAUGAUUCUUCAAACGCAGCAUCCCUUUAUUGGCCAGAGAUACUACAUUUUGAUCUCAACCUUUCAUUCCUUUCUUUCCUUUUUCUUUUCCUUUUCAUUUCCAUUUCCUUUUCCCUUUCCUUUUCCUUUUCUUCACACUUUCCUUUCUUUCUUCCUUACUCUUUUAUUUCCUCUUCCCUUUGUCUUUUUUCUACUCUCUUUAUUUAUUGA